AAACACGCCCUACCUCACCCUCUCGCUUCUUUACCACCCUCAUGCCGCUGCAUUCCAUGCCUCCGCCUCCUCCACAACGCCUCUUCCGCAACUGCUCCUCCUCAUCAGGGUUUCAAAGAUUAAAUCAUUAAUGGAGAAAAGAUGCAUCUUCUGAUUUUAAGACUCGGGGAAGGAAAAACGUAUCAAACGUACAUUCAUUAUUUUUCUAUGACGUUGUCUCGCCUCAUCUUUUGGCCUUCAUCAAUGCGAGCAGAGAGAGAGAGAUAGAGAGAGAGAGCACCACCCAGACAUAUUCAAUUGGUGUACCAGCUAAAGUUUACUUCCAUAUGGCUGUAGUUGCAUCAGCUCCUGGAAAGGUGUUAAUUACUGGGGGUUACCUUAUUUUAGAGAAACCAAAUCCAGGAAUAGUUGUAAGCACUACAGCUCGUUUUUAUGCGAUCGUUAAGCCACUUUAUGAAGACAUUAAAGCUGAGAGCUGGUCAUGGGUGUGGACAGAUGUAAAAUUGACUUCUCCUCAACUUUCAAGGGUGGCUGAAUACAAGCUGUCCCUGAAGACCUUAAGCCUCCAGAUUACCUCUUCAAGGGACAAUGCUAACCCAUUUGUGGAGCAAGCAGUGCAAUUUUCAGUAGCAGCUGCUAAAGCCCUGUGUACUGAUGAUGCCAAGAAGGACAUGAUACGGCGGCUUUUGUUGCAAGGUCUCGACAUCACAAUUGUAGGUUCCAAUGAUUUUUAUUCAUAUCGAAAUCAGAUUGUAGCUCAUGGACUUCCUUUGACAUCAGAAGCAUUGUCAUCUCUUCAACCAUUCUCAUCGAUUACCUUCAACAUGGAGAAUUCCAAUGGUGUAGGAUCUGGAGACGAGUCCAAGCCAGAGGUUGCAAAAACUGGAUUAGGGUCAUCAGCAGCAAUGACUACCGCAGUGGUUGCAACGUUGCUUCAUUACCUUGGUGCUAUCAAUAUAUCAUCUUCAACUAGGGGUAUUAAUGAAGAGGACACCAUAGAUGCUCAUUUGAAUUUGGUGCAUGCUGUAGCUCAAACUGCUCAUUGUAUGGCCCAAGGCAAAGUUGGUAGUGGUUUUGAUGUCAGUGCAGCAGUCUUUGGGAGCCAAUACUAUGUUCGCUUCUCUCCUGAAGUCCUUUCUCCUGCUCAGGUUAUGUUGAAAGGAAGCUCUCUACAGGAUGUCAUGAGUGACAUUUUGAAAGGAAAAUGGGACCAUGAGAGAGUUCAAUGCUCAUUACCUCCAUUAAUGACCCUCGUAUUGGGGGAGCCUGGAACUGGAGGAUCAUCUACUCCAUCUAUGGUGGGUGCAGUGAAGCGGUGGCAGCAGUCUGAUCCAAAUAAAUCCCUAAAAAUAUGGAGUGGAUUGUCGGAGGCUAACUCAAAACUGGAAAUCCUACUAAACAAGUUACGUAGGUUUGCAGAAGAACAGUGGGAAACAUACAAAAUGGUUCUGAGGGGCUGCAGUCGACAUGUAUCUGAAAAGUGGAGAGAGCAAAUGGCAGACCCAUGCCGAUGUAUGAUUGUAGAAGCACUAUUAGGAGCGCGAGCUGCAAUGAUUGAGAUAAGAUCUUUUAUGCAACAGAUGGGCAAGGCAGCUGGAGUUCCUGUGUGUUCCCUUUUUUUAAAGCCUGUUGAUUUUAUGUUUAUGUUUUUGAUAUAUGACUGUGCUAUGAAUAGUUGUUUUGUCUACGCAGUAUUUUGAACAUUGGUACAACAUUUAAACAUCUAGUGAAAAGUUGAAGAUAGUUUUCAUGUCAUUUUUAGGAAAGAUUUGCCAUCUUCUAACAGAGAAGUAUACAACAUAAUCCAGUGGCCUAUGGUACCAUCGCCCAUGGUUCAUCACUGUCCACUGAAAUAAUAGAUGGUGAUGGACAGAGAACAUGACCAACCAAUGGGUCAUGUUAUGUUCGAGUGGGUCUCACUCUCUCCAUCAUCACCCAUUAUAAUUGUGAUGGAUGGUGAUGACCCUGUACUGGUGUUCUCCUCAGUACAUGGGAUCAUGUUAUCCUUUUCUCUUUACAUAUUUGGAAACAUAUAACAAGCAUAUCUUACCUGGCGAUUUUCAAGAAUUUUAAGAAAAAACAGUCGUAAUGCAUUUCCUGUGACCACUAUUAUUGCCAGUCAACCCCUCUUACUGCGAUAACUUUGUUCAAUUCAGACUUUGUGUUUUUACUUUCAUACACAGAUUGAGCCUGAAUCACAAACUCAACUCUUGGAUACCACCAUGAGUUUGGAAGGAGUUCUUUUGGCUGGUGUUCCUGGUGCAGGGGGAUUUGAUGCCAUUUUUGCUGUCACUUUGGGGGAGUCAUCUAAAGACUGUUUAACAAAAGUUUGGAGUUCACUUGGUGUUCUCCCAAUGCUUGUUACUGAAGAUCCAAG